AUGUCUUUAAGUGCCAUUCGAAUCAAUCCAACUGAUGCAGUUUCAUCGGAACCAUACACAAAAUUGUCAUCUGACAAUCUCGACAAUGGAUUCGUACAGCCGCCACCACUUCGUGUGCGCUUAAUAUGUGAAUUAGUCGGUACUUGCUUGUUUAUUUUUUUCGGUGCAGGUUGCGCAACUAAAACAGAUAAUCUCUUAACUGUGUCUGCUGCCCAUGCACUAGUGACGGUAUGGUUAGUCUAUGUAUUUGGACCUGUGUCCGGCGGACAUUUCAACGCUGGAGCAACCAUAGCAUUUGCUUUCGAUGGUAAAAUGAAAAUUAUUGAAGUCGUUGGUUAUCUUAUUGCACAAGCAGCAGGUGCGCUACUUUCCGGAGCAUUACUUCUUGCGUUAUAUGGUACAGGUACCAAAUUAGGCACUCCAGGGCUCCAACCAAAUGUGACAGUGAUGCAUGGAUUCGCCAUUGAAUUCCUUUGUACUAUAGUACUUUCAUUCGUCAUUUGUUUUACAACAGCAUACAAUCAACAUAAGGAAGCCGCAUUCCCAAUUGGACUUGUGGUAUUUUCUUCGUUUUUGCUUGGUGCUGAUCGUGAUGGUGCUGCAUUAAAUCCUUGGCGUUGGUUAGGCCCAGCUGUAGCUUCUGGUACAUAUCAUGGCGAAGCUUGGAUCUAUGCCGUAGGUCCAAUUGGUGGGUUUCUUGUAGGUUAUAUUCUUUUCCGUCUUUACAAAUGGUCAUGGAAUUUCAAUAGAAACACGCAAUUCCUUCAGGUCUAA